AUGCUUAUUUUAGCCGGAAAUAUAACACGUCGUGGACUAUGGCAAAAGUGCAGCACCGGGAACGGGAGCUGUGAACUUACUCUACCCUUUAUUUCAGAAACGGAUGGUUGGCAGGGUGGUGCAACGUGUAUCCUCUUGGUCGCAAUCCUCGUUGGUUUACUAGGCGCUGGAUUGGCAAUUCUCGGACACUCUGGAUCAAAUCUCGUCAAACGCCUCUACUACUUUCAUUCUAGUGGCGAAAUAUUUUUUCUAGCAGGUUUUACUACGUUCCUCACAUUCGGCAUCUACCGAAGCUACGCGAACCUUUACCUCCUUAAUCCACGCCAGACGUCCCCAAAUCCCACCCAGGAAUCCCAUCAGUCUCACACGGCUGCCGCCCCUGCUACCACUGUUAGUCCCCUCCAAUCUCCUCAACUUCGGUGGGACGUUUACUACGGUUCCGCGGACACCGUCGGAUGGAGCGGAGGAGUGCUGUUCAUAGCCGCCGCUGUUGCUCUGCUGGUGGAUGAGUUCCUCCAUGAAUUGGCACGUCUCGGACAGACUCGGUGGCCGAGACUGGCUAGUUGCCUUCACUGGUGCGCGCUCCGUGUCAGUAAUAGCAACCGACGCUUGCGAAGCACCCACCGGCGUUGUCUCGGAGCGUUGCGUCGAAAAGUUACCACCUUUAAUUUCUCCGUCACAGCCGCUGAGGUCUCCUAUCGUCCGACGACAGGGGCGAUUGUUGAUCGGCAUCGUCGUUGGCGCUUGCGACGGCAGUGA